AAAAAACCCAAGCUAAUUAAUUAAACUAAUCGACAAAUAAUAACCAACAUAAAAUUUUAAUUUAAAAAUAAAAGAAGUCAAGUGGACUUGGUUAAAAGGCGUACGAAAGAGAGGUCAUGUGAGCGAGCGGCUGGCGAUUUAGUUAGAAUUGUUUAAGUGACAAUUAUAUACACCUCUAAUCUUUGUAGAUACAUUCUCCGCACACAUACGGAUGCAAUAAGAAAUCUGUUGAAAGUAUCAAGAGACACAGCGCUAAAAAAGAGUAAAAAAAUGCAUCAGACUAAAUAUUAAGAGAACGUUCCAUUUUGAUUAACAUUCUUUAACUACGAUAGUUUUACUUUUGAGUAUUUUCUCCAGUAUUCUACACUGAGAAAAAAAAAUUGUUGAUUUGACAAAAUAAAUUAAAAUUUUGUCAGUUCAAGAAUUUAUGCAUUUAUUAACUCAAAUACACAAAAUUUCAAGCAUUUAUAUAGUUAAUUGGAAUAUAUAAAUACUUGAAUAAACAAAAUUUAAUUUGGUUGGAAAAUUCAGUCAAAUUGACAACAUUUUUUUCUCAGUGUAGAAACUAUGCGUGACAAAUCGAUACAGCUCCGUACUCGAUUAUCUCACAGAUACUUUGCUGAAAGCAUGCCGGAGGGCAUUCGAAAUGAAUUCAAAUGAAGCUUCUCAUAGUACACUUGCGAUGUUAGAUUAGUGAUGUUUAAAUAUUUAUGUGAAUCUCCAGAUUGAUAUCACACAUCUCGCGACAAAACAAUGAAAACACAAGACAGAGUGUAUAUCUCGAAAAAAAUUCCACACUGCCAUCUCUGUUAAUACAGUCAUAUUAUGAAUUAUAUAUACAAAUUAAAUAGGUUAUAAAGUUAACGUAUUACAGUCUCUGAUCUCUCUUUCUCUCUUUCUGAUGGGACUCUCUGUAUCUUUUUAUAAGCGAUAAACGAUACAUAAAAAAAAAAGGUCGGCAAAAACCGCCUCGCGCUCUUCUACCUUAACGCACAAAGCAUCUUUGUAAAUUAUUAAUGUAAAAGAUAUAUAAAGGAUCGUAAACAUUACGUUUGUGAUGCCUGACAUUUACGGACGUAUCAAAAAUGCUUGUGCGUAUAUAGCGCGUAGUUUUUUCGACAAGAUCCCACGAGCAUCCUGAUCUAUUGAAAUCAUUAGUGUGAGUAAUAAUCCAUAGCCAAGUGUCUCCAUUUCCUCCUACACAGUUAUUUGUACUAACAAUUGAACUGGCGAUCGGACCUACGCAAUCGAUCCUUUUCUCGCGCAUAUGCGCAUCAAUAACAAUCGGGGGACUAACGGGCCGCGCUCAGGGGCACUUUUUGCCGCGCGAUCUUUCGGCCACCAAUCCUUCGUCGAUCUAGUACGCCCGUCCAUCCGUCCGAUCACGACGAUCCGGAUGGCGCGUAUAAAAGGGCCACGGUGGAACGCGAUACGAAGCAGUCUAGCACGACGUAUGUCCGGUCUCGCGCCGAUAUUCUCUGCGAGCGAUCGAUCUCGCGUAACGCGCGUUACGUACGUGUGGGAUCGUAUAUACGGCCGUUCCCUCUUGACAAGCGGGCACACGUGAGAUCACUCGUUCUCGGUUCGCUGGCAGCGCUAUAAAAGAUGUCGCAGCCGGAACAGGGCGGCAGUGCGCAGUGCGAGAAAGACAUGUCGACGUCCAAGAGUAGCUCGAUGUUGCGCCUGAAUCAGGAGGGCCGACGGGGUUCCGCCGACUGGCAGGACCAGGUCGACACCGACUCGGAGGUCAGCGAGACCGACUUCCUAACCAAGGGUGCAUUCCUGCUCACCCCGAGUCACGAGCUGAGCAUGGAGAAGGCCGCCACCAUCUGCGAGAAGAUGAACUUCCGAGGUGCAUUUUCUUUGACGAAGACCGCCACCGGGAUUCUCUUCAAGUUCAGCAACAUCGAGGACUUUCAGGCGGUGUAUAAAAAAGGCUUUCACAAAGUAACGGGCGCUCGUUUCUACAAAAAGAUUGCUAUACCAUGUAGACCGGCGAAGAUCUUCACGGUCUACGUUCUAGAUGUGCCCGAAGAGCUGCCGGAGGACGAUAUUAGACACGCUCUCUACAAAUAUCGAUCUAUCGUCGAAGUAACCAGGCUACCCCUGAAUACGGGAACUGUUUUGAAGGCCAUCAAUGACAAGCUAAAGAGCGACGCGCAGAAUCUGAACGAGCCGCCGACGAUUUAUACGGGGCCACCCGUUAUAAGGGUUACCCUGGCCAGCGUGGAGGAGACCUCGAUGCUGCUGAGCCGUGGUUUGGAUUUUUAUGGGGCCACAUAUUUCCCCACCGAAACGCCUCAUCCAGCCGCUCAACCCCUCGCAAAAUACAAAAACAACAGAUGGAUCGAGCUGGCGUCGAUCGGCGCGGGACAAAGAGUGAGGGACCUACUUCCGGUCUUUGACAACGCGGGCUUCAACAAAUUGCCACCUCCGGCGAGCCGUGUAAUAAAACCGCAAAGAAACUGACACGUCCCCCGUCCGGCGUCCCGAAUUCUUCGGCCGCCGCCACCGUCGCCGCGAUCGAUAACGGCGACGAAUCGAGGGAGGACGCCACCGCGAGGGAGACGUUACGACCCGACGACGACGACGACGACGACGAGGACACUAAUGCAGACUACCUCGAUCGAAAUUCGGACAUUGGCACGAGGAUCCGCUCUGGGCGAUCUUAACGCGACUCUAACUCUUCGUCGAUCGCGACAUGUGAAAGAACGAGGUUUGCCGCCGUACGUAUACGAGAUAACGCAUAAAAGAAGCAAAAUAUAGGAAGGCCACAUAUUUCGAGUCGAAUGGACAAUCGAGAGAAAAUUUGAUGUCUACGGAAGAACUUAACGCAGAGAUAUACGCGCAUAUCGUUUUCUUCUUUUGGACAGGAUGAUAACUCGAUUACUUUAUCUACAGAGAGCAGACAUAUUUUAUACAUACGUGAGGACCAGAUUUCAUAUUUUACACGAUAUGAUUACAUGCUAAAUGCUAUACCGCUAACAAAAAAAAGAGGUGAAUUUAGCUAAUAAAGACGUAGAAAAUUUGCGAAGAUUACACGAUGACUCGUCCUUCCGAGGCGGACGGUGAUACGACACGUUCGGCAGUUAAGCACAUGAUAAUACGUCAGCGCGUGUCGCACGUUGCUUCUCUCCGUCGUUCUUGUUAUUCAUGAGAGGAAUAUUGUUUGUAUCACUCGGCGCGCCGACUCACAUUAAAACACUGGUACGCGCGUAGUUAUAGUUUAACGCGUGGUAUCAACACCGCCUCUGACUUUUGUCAUACAACACUUGAUCGAAGGAAGGAGGGUAUUUGCGAAAGCACUCUACUGAUUACGUAUGUCUCUAACUGACAAGUAUUGAACAAUUUUCUAUUCAAAAAUUGUGUGUCUAAAACUCAUAUCUGAUUGAUGUAUUGGAGACAGAGAGAGACACAGAGAUUGAAAAUUGUGACCUACAGAUUAAAAGCCGACUAAAUUUGAAUAAAUUUAAUUUUAAUUAAUUUUGUUCUGGUUAGCUAAAUUCUAAUUUCCAGCUCGCAAUUUCCAAUCUCCAAUGCGUAGCCUGAUAAAAGGCUUAAUCAAACAUUCUAAGAGAUAUAUUUUAUAUAACUACAUCGAAAAUGAGAAACGCGGAUUAAUUAAAUAAUUAAUGAGUUAUCGCGGGUUAAGAGCACGAUUAAUUCUAUUCGCCGCUUCAUUUGAAUAAAAGAGAAAUCUUUAUCUGCAUUGCUCGCAAUAAAGUAAAAUUCGAAAAUUAUAUAUAUUUCUUUCAAAUAUGUAUCGUCUAACGUGAUGUCACAUAUUUUAUUGGAUUUAUUAUGAAUUCAAUAAGUGCGCGUAAAAAAAAUUGUCUCUCUGAUAUAACACGGAAGGAAGAACCACUCGUUGGAGGAUUAAUUUACUUUGCUCGUUUUGCUCUGUGUUAUACAAACGGAAAUCCGGUUAAAAUAUAAGUCCGGCCGUAUAUCUCUCAGAUGCAUACGCGACCGAUGGAGGGUCAAGCGUAAUGCGCACUGGGAAACUGCAUUAUACGCUCGUGACUCGCUCGAGCCAUUUCCCGACACGCACACGCACCGUGAGAUACACCGUGCCGGUUCGCAGGUCGACGUGAUUUCUAAUCCCGUCUCUCCCUCGCAUGCAGCGAAGGUUCCUAUUUUUCCGCCGGCGGAAAGGUCAGCGCCGCGAUAUCAACCGCAAUAUAUAUGAAACCGUUCCUAUCAGUCGCCUAUUUCUGCGCCAGUCACGCGAUUAACAUUACCUUAAAAAGCACUAAGUCGAUCACGCGCAAAAGAUAUCAAUCCACCGGUGCGCCGAUAAUCAGGAUUUCAUCGAAAUAAAAUCGAAUUUUAUACACAAUGGCUCUCGCGGAGGCACAUUCGAAUUUCGUAGUUCAAAUAUUUUCAUAGGAUCUAAAAAUUAAAAACUCGAUAACUUAUCGUAUCGAUGUCAAACGUGAUGAGUAGAAAAAAAAUUAAAAGGUAUUACUUUUACUGCACUCUUUCCUCAGCCGAAUAUUAGAGGAAUGGUGAUCCCUCAAUGUAUUUCUACAAUGUGUGUGUGUUGUUACAGUUUACAGCUAUAGGGGAUCUACAGUUUUAUCGGUUCCCAAUGAUCUAUUUAGAGGGAUUCUCAUGACAAGUAACCCUCAGUGGUUUGCCAUUGUCUUCCGAAAAAUAGCGAUCGAAUAAAACUCGAUGUUUCUGGUCGGAUUUGAACCCGGAUCUUCGGCACAAAGAAACAAACACACAACUAUCUGCGCCAAGAUCGUACACAUUUAUUACACUGGUGGAUUUCUGAAUAUUAAGAAUUACCUGUUCGUGUUAGAGGCUUUCUUUGAACGCAUAAAUUAUUAUAUUGCGAGUACAAACAAUUGUAAACAAAUUAUUUUAGGAAGAUAUUUUUUAAUAUAAAAUCCUUGUUAAAAGAUUGCAAUUUUAUUAAUUUACGUUUAGAAGAUAAUCUAUUUUUCUAAUAAUGUUAACGAUUCGGUUUUAGAAAAACCUAGUAUUUAUGGUUACUUAUAAUGGCUGUUGAAACAAAUACAUUAAUGAUAUCUUUAAUUUACAAAUUUUUAAACUUUCAAACUUGUUAAAUAUUUUAAGUCAGUGUAUUUGCUUGCGUUAAAGUAGACAAUUUAAAAUAAACAUGUUAAAAUAAAAUGAAAAAUUUAUUGUAAUAAUGUAUUGAAAUAUAACAUUACAACGUUCAAUAUCAAAAGCUCUCUUGUUAAUAUUUUAAAUAUAGAGGUUUAUGAUUGGUCAACUGAUCAACAAAUAUAGCGUUGCAUUAAGAAAAUAAAAUAUUCAUAAACGAAACUUGAUAGACUUUGACAUCGUUUAAUUUAUGUAAAAGAAUGUAAGUUAAUUUAUGUAAGAAUGCAAUUAGGGGAUAACAAGAUUCGGCUUGGGAGGGAAAAACUGAGCAAACGGGGGAACGAAAUGAGGGAAAAUGAGAGUUUUCUCUUCUUCUGCAUUCGAGUGAAUAAUCGCGAAUAAUCACCGGCACACAUUCGCAUAAACCUAUGCCGCAAACUUUUUACUACAAAACGACGAUUCAGUAGUAAUGAUGAAAUUUACUUUAUACAACGCUGCAUGUGCUUAUUAGUGUGUAUAUUAUACCAUCCGUUACGUAAUCAUUAAUAUUCCCGUUAUAUAAACGUCUCGUAGUAAUUACGUAAUGCCUGUAUGGAUAGGACAUACACUUGAUGGCGGAUCGUGAUGUAGUCUUGCCACUCGUGUGAAAGUCGUAAAGACGUUAUUGCCACCUUAUUAAAAAUAUUACGAUGUGUCGCGUACUUAUAAUUUUGCGGCACAUUUACCGUAAAAUUUCUCGUACUAUUACUCGUGUGCGUAAGUGGCAUAUGAUUUAAACGAAUGUAACAAGAUCAUUAAAAGCGAAAUUUCUUUUUUUUUCUCUUUUCUCCAUUCUUUUGAAUUCAAUAUUUCUCAAAAAAUAUUUUCAAAUAUGAAACGCAUAGAGAUUGUUGUCCUAGGUAUCAUCUCCUAUGAAAUAUAAUCGUCGAGCAAAUACCUCGGGAGAAUGGAGGAGAGGAGAGAAGAUUACCGUACUAAAUGCCGCGCGUUUAUUUCUGAUUAUUUUCAUCGCCGACAGGGGCAAGAGUGACGCUGCUUUUAACAAGGCGAGACUUUAUCAGGAAAAGAGCUUGUGGAAAGAGAGAAACUUGGCCGCGAUGAGUGGUGGUCACAGGAGGGUAUAAGUAAUUCUCCGAGAAUGCUAUUACGUCCUGCUGCGCCUUCGCUCGGGGGACGAGGGCUAUUUCAGCGCGUAAUAUGAGAGAGGGUGGAUAUGGGAGGUGGUAAAUGUCAGCUAUGUAUGAAAGAGAGUGCCACCAUAGAGCGAACGUGGCGCGGACAGAGCCGGGUUAUCCGCCAGGGCGGGUUGGGGGACCGGGGGUUAUCCAUGGCCGUGGCAGGAAACUCGAGGGACCGGCAAUAAAUUGUGUGUCUUCUGAAAAAAUCUCAGGUAACUUAAAAUAUCGUACGUUUUUUGUCCUAAACAUAUGAGGGAAAAUGCCACCGCAGUCACGUUGUCGCGCGGAUAAUAUUAUUCGUUGUUUGCGGGUUAGAAAUUAAAGAGCAAACAACGGCCUCGGCUGUGUUUUUAAAAUGCUUUCGGACAAUUUAGCAAGUUACAGCAAUAUUUAACUUCGAGUAUAAUUAGAAAAUAUUUCUGUAACUGCAACACGCAUGGCGGAAAUUAAAUUAAUAAAAUAAAAUUAAUAAUAUGCUUUAAUCAAAUUUUGUAUAAGAAUAAUUUAAUGGCACAAUGCAAUAUAUAUAAUAUUUUUAAUAAUGUAUCUGAAAUUUCAUACGUUGUUAUGUUCUUGUUAAUUGAAUGUAUCGUUAUAAAUUUUAUGAAAAUUUAUUUUAAUUGUAUACAAUUAAAAUGUUAAAUGCGCCGUGUAUAAAUAUUUACUUUAUUUUACGAAAAUUAUAAAACAAAUUCAGAAAGGAAAAAAGGGGAUCGCGAAAGCACACCUUGCCCUGCAAAGUGUGAAAAAUACGCGGGACAGCAACUGCCACCAAUUUAGCGACUCCAAUUUUGACGCAACGUGGAUUUUUAGAACAAGUUAAAGUGAGAAACCUAGUUUUGUUAAUGGCCGUAACUUUAUUUUAGAGGACGAAGCCCGAACGGGCAAGCUUCGCUCACCAACAAGUGCCAUUAUCACCGCCUCUCGACUCGGUAACCAUAGACUAAUUUCGCUUAAAGAGCCCGCCGGACAGUUAACCGGUUUUUUUAGUCUCCGUCUCCGCAAAUUUCAAUUUUACGUGCAAAGAAAUUUUCGAAAGUUAAGCGUGACGUGUAAUUACGUUUCCCCUUUGGCGACUAUAAAGAGACCGCGCAAUUGUCAAAACUUUUACCAGGUAAUCAUAUUAAAGAAUACUUGGCACGUCAGUAACCCUUAAAAAAUAAUCAACUUGUCAUUACUUUUUUGCGCUGAUUUACUCUAAUAUUGAAUUUCUUGAUACAUUUACUAAUUCUUAUACCUGCGCGCGGAAAAAUACACGUCAUGUAAAUAUAUAUAACACCCUAGAGGAUUAAAGAACAGAAUUAAAUUUGCCAUGUUAAAAUUUUGACGUCGGCCGAUUACGCAUCAAUUAUUGAAUCCCGACAUCAUUCCUGACCCGGAUAAAAACUGCAACGGCUGAAAAAAUAAAAGCAAGACUACCGCGUUCAUGCGGAAGAGUGGUAAAUUCGAUCGAGUUGAAAUCACUGUUAAAGCGGCUCGCUCGCCGGAACGAAAGCGUGUCGAAUCGAUUAAAAAUGUAUACGGAACGUGUGCUAAGCAGCGGAUAUUCGAGGAAAGGCCUCGAGGGAUCAGUCCCCAAUGGCACGAGAGAAAAAGAGAGAGAGAGAGAGAGAGAGAGAGAGACGGCCGUCCCGAUCUACGCCUAUCAACCGAGCGAAGGGGGAAACGAGAAUCGAUAGAAGAUCGAAGGGGGACCUGCUGCCUGCCGCCAGACAAGCUCGAAUAUUGCAUGCAACGAGAGAACGGGAGAAAGAGAGAAGAGGGCGGGACGCCUGGUAAGCACCUCUGAAGGACCAUUUCCUCGAAGCUUGCGUUCGUAAUCGCAUCGGAGUCAUCUAUAUUAUUACGAGGCUCCUGCGCAUAACCCUCUGAGCGCCGCUGUACGUGGAUGCAAAAGGUCUCAACCUACAGCUGACUUGAUUUCCCUUCUUCUUCGCUCCCAUACUUCACCGGCUAUAUCCACCUCCGCCUAUCCUUAUUACCAGCGGCGAAAACCCUCCCUUCUCGCCCCCGCUUUCGUUCCUCGUCGUUCUGCGGGUCUCCCCGGCCUCCACGCACGUGCUUCUGCAGAAGAGACUGCGGAAAUUGUCAGCUGUAGUUUUCGAUGUGUCUCUGCCAGUCGAUCGUCAAUAUCAAACCAACACCGUAAAAUGUUUCGCUUUGAAAAAUAAGCGUUUCAGUUUUCCGAUGGAUUUGUAUAUUUCCCUCCAAAGCGCGGAUUGCGCAUGACAACGCUAAUCUUUUAUGUUACGUCAACAAUCAUGUGCAAUAUGCAAUAAUGUUACUGUAAACUGUAUACUUUUAUGGAGAUUUCCACAUUUGUAAAAAAUCUGCAAAAACACAUUUAUUCAGUUGGCACAACGAGGAUUAUUCUCGCGUUGACUAAAUUAAACUGUAAUACACACACACACGCGCGCGCGCGUACGUAGGGUGUUUCGUAGCGAAAAUAACGGGAUUAAAAGAGAGAAAGGACGAGCAGAUUUUCCGCGUCAACGUCGGACAACAAUAAUCGAUACGCUCGUUGUCUACCGGAUAGUCGCACCUGUGUUUUUAUUACAUUGUAGUUCGCGCCGAGUUUAAUUAGAGAGCCCGCGGGUGGUAACCAAGCAAUCUAUCUGUAAUGUCCCGCGGCGUCAACUCUCGUUUUCUUCCCAUCGCCCGACUAAUUAAAUAAAUAUACGAGUAGGACACGCAAUGCACGCGCGCACGGCGCUCCUCUCUCGAUCGAUAUCGGCUCGCCUGAUGCGCGCACAUACUGAAACCGCUGUUAACGCAAAUCAAAAACCCGCCGUGAAAUAAGAGACGCGUAUAGCCGUACGAACGAAAAGAAACGAGAAACGUGUUUAAUUAGGAAUGUUUGUUCUGUAAUCAAGAGAAACGUAAGGAAAGCCAGCUAUUAAGUCUAUUUCUUAAUGUAGUAGCUCGGUAAAAGAAAAAAAAGUUAUUUGAGCGAAUCCGCGUAAAUUUGUUUUAAUUUCAGUAUCUAUGAACUUUGUCCUCGUUUUCGCGGCGUAAUCGUGUCUUUAAAGUAUAAUCACGUUCUUUCAUCAAAUCAAGAUGUUUUCUUGUGUAAUAUAUACGCCUAAAAGUUACUAUGAUUCAUUUUAAUCCAAAAUAUUACGGCCAGAAAAAAUAUUGCAGAUGAGAAAUAUACUUUUUCCUGAUUUAUUAGUUAUCUCGGAUGUGUUAAUAUCAUAAACUGUCUGAUAAAUUUUUAAACACGUACUCUCUCCUGACUCUUGCCUCAUUGGCUUCUCGACUCGCGAGAGAUUGUUAUUAUACUCAACUUUCGAGGCGCAUCGUCACAAUUCCGCCAGGGUAAAUAAGUGCAAAGAAGCCUGGGAAAGGCUGGGAAACGCAUGGGGAAGACUGAAGAAAAAAAAAAAGCGGGAUUAGACGAAGGGUCGCGCGAAAAAGUAAGGCGAGCGGAAAAAUAAGGACAAGGAAAAAGCAAGGAAGACGGUGAAAGAGAGAGAGAGAGAGAGAGAGAGAGAGAGAGGGCAGAAAGAGAAGAAAGGAGGUCAGAGAGAGCGUCCCCGGGAUGAAUAUUAAAAUGUAAAGUUCCCAGCAAAUUAAUCGCGUUAACGUCAGGGCAUUUUCUCACGUCCUCUGUCUCUCCUCCUCUGCGCGCCUUUCUUCUACGAGCUUCCUCCAGCUUCCUCCCUUGCUGACCAUUCUAUUUUUUCCUCCCCUCCCUCCUCUCUCUCUCUCUCUCUCACUCUCGCACCAACCAGUGCAGAGUCCAACUCUGCGCUCCGUUGCUCCUGAAUAUUCAUUAAUCUCGCUUUCCUCCGUCGUCCGUCGGAAAUACGCGUCUUGGGCGAAAUAUAAAAAGGAGAGUAAAUCUCCUUCGCGCCGGUCGUCACCACCGUCGGCACCGCUCGUUGCGAAACGGACGCUCUCCCCCCCUCCCCCUCCACGUGCAUGACUGCCGUAACGAAAUUCCCUGCGCGUUUUCGCCGCGGAUGCUGGAUAUACGUGUGUACGCCGGUUGCCGUUGUCACGUUGGAAUUUACAUGCUCAUUAAAGAAAUGAAGUUUCCGGUUAACGGCCCCGGCUUACGCGAGACAUCGAGGUAUAUAGCAACGUUUACGGGCUAACCGCGGAUUUUAAAGAUCGGCAGCGUGUGACAAAAAGACGAACGACUUCCUCAUGAUGGUUGCGGUGAGCGACGCAAUGAAAUUAAAUGAGGGAUACGGGAAGCGAAACUCAUUCCUCCCGAUUUUACACGACUCGCGACAGAGUUGAAGUUAAAAGGCCCCGGUCGCGAUUCCGACGGCGAACAAUCCGGGAUCACUUCUCGCCUCGAAAUUGAAAUGAACGCGCGAAAUGUAAAUUUUCCAAAGUGUUUCCCGAGACCGUCUCGCCACUGUAAUUUCUUCUUUAUUCGAAAUAAGAUCUUCUAGAGAGAGAGAGAGAGAGAGAGGAAGAUUAUAAGAUCCUUUUCUUUUUGCUCGAAUCUCUAGACCUUUACUGUGACGUGUACGCUCGAUGUACGUUGGCAAGUAAGGGCCGUCCCGAGGCCGCAAGUCCGCCACGAGCGAGUCCCUGUCGCGACCGAUUUACCGCAAAUGGUUGGCCGCCAACCAUUUCAGCCUCUUCAACCGCCAACUGUUCCAACGAGACAUAAUAUUAUCGCUGUGUUAAGUGCAUCCGCAGGAGUGUUUGGCCGCGCGGACUUCCACCUUGGACCGCGCGUGUACACGUAUGUGUGUUUGUGUGUUGAUACAAAGACACACACACACACACACACACGUAAAACGUGGGAAACUUUACACGUAUACGAAACAAACUCCAUCGGAUCCCUGGUAAUCGUUUUAAAUUCUUCGAAACAAUCGCGAGCUGAAUUUUAAUUUGCGGCGAGCUUAUAACGGCGGGGUGUGAAAAGUAUUGAGCUCCUUGCAUUUAUAGAAAUUGUACGUCGAUUGAUUUUAAAACAUUAUUUACUCAGCUCCCCUACUCCCGAUUGUAUUUGUUCUUGAAAUUACACUUCCACGCACGGUAAUUUUGUCAAAAGUUAUAAUUGUAUCAAUUCAUCUCUCUCUCUCUCUUAAACACAAAUCAACUUUAAAUUGAAAGCUGAGUUAUGUAAUAUUCUAUACACUGUGUUUAUAUAACUUUGGAUUACAAUAAGCCAGCCGGCGCGAAGAACAGCGACGUGUCACAUUUAUGAAAUCGGGAUUGAAAUUUAUUCGACGAGAUAAAGAGAAGUUCAUUAUGGGUGAGGCUUUGUUACUGUCCUCCCCAAUUACAACAGCCUUUGUCGUCAAGUUUGUUAAAAGCCUGAUCACGUGUGCGUGUCGCUGACGCGACGACAAUGUCGAUCGCUUAUGAGGAAACGGGGUUAAUACGAUACACGCUACUUAUCGCAAUUUACGUCGAUCAUCAAAAAUUUGAGAGACCGCGCACAAUUAGAAACGCGACAGAAAUAUCCAUAAACGUGCGUUUCGAACGACAGCAAUGUCGCCCAAAAUAAAAUCUCGCGCAGAGAAUUAUUGGAAGGAAAAAUUAUCACUACCAAAAAUGUCUCUCGAAAUCUGGUGAUAUAUCAUGAAUUUAGUUUCCGAUAUGAUUUUUGUAUCUUUUAUAAGUAUCGCGAUCUUCCGUUGUGCUCUACGUUUUAAAAUACAUUUGUAUAAUUUUGUUUGUACUACGUGUAAUUAUGUCAUGUAAUUUUUAUAUUAUUAUACUUUCAGCUUUAAUUAUAUCUCUUAUUUCGCCUCUUGUCAUAUUCCCGUAUAUCCACUAUGUUAGUAUAGCAUUAAUUUUUUUUUUUUUAAUAAUUGGAUCAAACAUCAUUGUAAAAAAGUUCACCGGUCAAAGGGAUAAUACGGAAAGAGAGGGGAGGAAGGGAAGAGAUGCGAAUAUACGAUUGACGUUACUUCAUUCCCAUUAUAAUGGUAUUCACGGUACAAAGAAAUAGCAUUAAAAGUGCUGUCCAAAGCACACCGGAGCAGCGUUGCGUAUCGGACACAGGUAGGCGGUUGGCAUAGUAAAAAAGUGAUUAUGUACCUGCGUGUGCACCACUAUCGCGUCUCCUUCGGAAUUAAUCCAACAUACACACAUUUCCCCCCCCCCCGAAAUAGAAAUAUCGGCGCGCAUGCAAAUCGCGCGCCAACGUUUAAAUCGUAUCGCGGAUCCGCGCGCGUAGUAUUUCCCGCUCGCGAGAGAAAGGCAGAGGGAGGGGGAAAAAUGAGGUGGAAAAGACGGGAUAUAGGAAACGAGAUAGGCAAAGGGGGGGGUAGCAAAUGAGAGGAUUCCGCAGGUAACUCGAUACACCGCCGUCGUCAUAUUUUUACGGCCGCUGAAACGAAACACUUAAAACGCGGCGGCGGCGAUGUAUACGCGUUAUUACAUUUACGCGAUAGAUCACACUAAUUGCGGUGUAGAACGAGAACGGCGGUCGCUCGUAACUUACGCAGCUCGGUUACGAGUUUACGAGAGAAAGAGAGAGAUAGAGAGAGAGAGAGAGAGAGAGAGAGAGAGAGAGAGAGAGAGAGAGAGAGAGAGAGAGAGCUCGAAUCGCGGCGCCGGAUACGUUGCCGCUAAUCUGCGAAAAUUACACGGAAUUUACUUUUUCUUCGGGGAAAAAAGCGCGCGCCUUCCGUUUUCUGCCCGCGUGAUUUAUAAAUAACCAUAAACGUGCCGUUACCAUGGCGAGUUGGGCGCGAAUGGAAUUUCACUCGCGACUGUCGAAAAAGGCCGCCGCCCUCGAUUUGACCUCUCCUCUGUCCCAUUUCGUUUGCCCGCGGGCGCGGAAAUUUUGGCCGACCGAUCGGCAUUUGCAAGCUUCCGCGAGGAGGAAAUUUGGCACCGAUGGAUAAUAAAAUGGUAUACGUAUUGCGCGGGAUAUAAAUGUCUAUCCCACAAAUAGCUAGAAUGGCUCGCAUUAGCAUUGUUGGACGUUGAGGCAUGCCGUGCAUCGGAGGGAGGAAGGGUGGGCGACGUCGCGAGUUUAUAUAUACAUAUUUCCAGGAAAAGCUUGAAAUAUCUGAGAUGUGCAUUUCAGUAAUGUUGUAAAUGGCGAAACGUUAGAAAAUGGUAUGAAUUAUUGCGGCAGUACGUUACAGUACGUUUUGUACUCGGAAUCAAGGGACUCCGAGAGACGAGGUAAGGGUAAUGUUUGCCGAACUACACACGAACGAAGGAUAGAACUACGCGAGCGAUUUUUUGUGUCGAAUAUAUAGAAAUCAAUGGGAGAGCCGUUCAAUAGUAUUGCCAUGCCGCUAUACGUACUGAUUGAAUGAGCCUCGCGUUUACAUGGCAGAAAGCAGUAAACGCACAAUCGCGACGUGUGUAUUACGAAAGUUUCGAUACGCUCAGGGACGCACAUGCGCACUCGGAUUAUAUAAACAGGGUUAAUGGAUACACAUAUAUACUAAAAGCUCGACAACCCUCGGUAAUCAAAGAGGGUUCCCCGCUUAUUCGAAUCUUCGAUCUGUCAGAUUCAAGAAACUCCCGCACGGCGAUGUGACACAAACAAAUUACAUCUCCCGGAGAUUCGCAAAAAGUGUCACGCUUUUCUUCGCCUUCGUUUUCUAAAUUCAUCUUUUCAAAUACGAUAAAAUUAGUUUAAAAAGUCAAACUAAUUAAAUUUUCACGUUAACAUUUAACUUUUGAUAUUUUAGAUUGUCUCUUUACGUUGAAAUUGUAUUAUAAUGAAAUAAUAAAAAGAAGCUUUCCGCAAUACCGAAAGUACAUCCAUAAUGUUUAUUUUACAACUUUUUGGAUUCUUUAAUCGAUUUAUCGUAAAAAUGGUACAGUCUCUAUCGUGAAAAAUCAACCGAAUAAACUUGAACCGCCUACGUAUGAAAGAAAGAAGAUAUUUAAGAUAGACAAUUGUAUAUAAAACAAGAGAGAAUGCGAUUUGCAAUCCAUUAUUCACCGUUAGUCGGGCUUGUUGCGAGAUUAUAACACGCGUGUAAUGCAGGAAUCAUCUCGAUCCAUGCGCGCCUCUUAUGCAUAAAAUUAACAACUUACAAGGGGAUUUCGCCGGCUGAGUAUACAAUUGCGAGGCAUCAACCAGCUUUAUUCGUGAUGAACCAAUUGGAGCAGCACGAUUGUAUGCGUGAUAAUAUGCAGUAAGCGGCCACGUCGGGAUUUACACAUAGUCGGGAUGAAUAACAAGAGGCACUGCCGGAGAGACGGAGAAUCAAGCUACAAACUUCCGAAGCGAAGAUUCGCUGGUUAGUUAAAAUCGAAUCGUCUGGAUUUAAAUCUGGAUUCGAAGAUCAGGAGCGAGAGAUCAUGCAUUAAGAGGCCCAUAUUAAUUUUCUUUCAUUAUUCAAAAAUAAUUCGACUUUAAAAAUCCAUUUGUGUUUCAUCGGAAGGUAUAAUGAGAUGCAAAUUGCGAUUAAAUUCUACUCUCUCAUAAAAUACUAAAGCUUCGACCUUUUCAAAAAUGUCCGACACAGACGCGUAUCGAUUCGUUCCUAUUUCUGCGGUAUUAUAGACCACUGGAAUAUAAUUGAUCGAGUGAUAUUGCCGCGAAGUGACGUGCCCCCGACGUAGCAACAAUCGGUCCAGAAGUGGGACUCUGCAAUAAUUAACCAGCCGUUGUAAUCCAUCGUUAAUUACGUGCGGAUUCACAGGAAAAUAUCCCCGCGUCACGCGACAGCGGAAACGAUAAUUAUUCCGUGUUCCGUCAUGCACGCAUGCAGCCGCGUGUCACGCGCGUACGCACAUGGACGGAAUACGUGAACGAUUAAUUAUCCCGCAGCCAGUCGUCUUACGAUCACCCCAUGCCUGCAUUCACACCGUUCGACCAUUAGCCUAUCUCUACCCGCGACAACGUGCGACGAUGUCGUCCGGGGACGUAGAUAACAGCCUCGAAGACGCGUAUAUACGUCAUACACGCCUUCGUGCGUAAAUACUGCAACUAAUUAAUUAAAUAAAUGUAGUAAAUUCGAAGCAAAAGAAUUAUUGCGAAAAAGAGACGGCAGUUCAAUUUUGAAAAUGACGAGGUGAUCAUUUCAACAAGAGAUACUUUUCCCACUAAAUACACAUCUCUAUUUGUACUAUUGUUAAGUAAAUAGGAAAAAAGAAUUUCCUAUUCCGACACCGUCUUUUUGAGUUUGUUAUUUGCGGGUAAAAAUCCAGCAUUUCGUGAAUCAAGUGUUUGUGCUUUUUGUGACAACACUGAUGCAGUUUUUGACAUUUGAAAAAUAAUAUAGAACGCAUAUAAUAGGAAAAUAGAUAUUAAUCCCGGUAUAUACGUGAUUCCAUACAUAUUAUUCUAUUCUCCAUGCGUGAGCGCAUAUGGCGUAAAUGCGGCCGUUACGAGCGAGAGCAACUAAUUGUUAGAUAGCCGCAAAAUUUGGUAUCGCAUCGUGCAUUAUGGAGGCCAAUGAAAACACUCCCUGACACACGCUCUACACGAGUAAUUUCGGUAAUAACGAAACUUCGCUCUACGAGCGCACUGGUGCUUUCAAUGAAACUGCAAUUGCUGUUCUUUCGCGCGACCGAGCGAGCGAAUGGAUAUUUGGACCCAACGUUUGAAUGUCGCUGUUGAACUUCGAAUCGACUGUCUCGCGUAGUCGCGACACUCUUGCGAAAAGGCGAAAGAUUCGCGCGCGCGCGUUAAUUCAGCCCUCCGUAGGGAGUGUUAUCGGGCAAACUUUCGGGCUGAACUUACAAGCUUCCUUUCCCUGUACACGCGCGAACUUUCGCGCGUCCUCUUCCCCCGGUUGCAGCAACCCUCUCCCUCUCCCGUUUGCGCUCCUUUUCGGAGGAAUCGACUCCCGCCGGAGGAGGGAGAACACGAAGAUUGUCAUCUUCGAGAUUUAGUUCGCGGCCCCCCCGCGCGCGACGAUACCCCCGCGCGACUCGUUCGCGAGAACUUUCGAACGAACGUACGAACGAAUGAACGAACGGCGAACUUGGAAAUUUUCUAUCUCCGUGCGUUCGACGUUUACAGUCUAUCCUCCGGGGCUACGCCGGCAAUAAAGUUUUAAUCGACGAUGAUAAUUUAUGAGCGCGGCGGAACGCGCGCGCGCGCGUGGAAAGAAGAUCGAAAGGUGAGAGAGAGAGAGAGAGAGAGAGAGACUCCGGCAGCUCGGGCCUGACUCGUCCCUGGAAUUUCACGUGCCGAUAACUCACGGUUAGAGUUCGUUAACGAGAAGUCGUCCAUUAACCGCGAGAAUGCUUUUAAUGUAAAGUGAACGAAGUCGUAAAGCUUGAAGCGCGCGCUCACCUCCAUACGUAGAUCAAACUCCUGCACCCCUCCUCCCCCUCCCCGGUCACAUCGCAACUUCUCGUUUCGCCUCCCUUUACGAUCUUACGCGAAUGUGCCGGCGCGGAACGCAAGUAGCACCCGCCUGCGGAAUGACCGCGCCACCGCUGGAAAAUCACCUUUAACCGCCAUAAUAAAUGUCCCCCGUAUUCGUAGGGGCUCUUUCGCCUUUAACCGAAACCUCCCCCCCCGGUCGUUCCAUUUUAAUCGACUCCGCCGUGCCGGUUAAAUCAGAGCGAAUUUUUUAAAUUGCGAAAUUCGAAAUUCCGUCGCGUAUAUUUCACGCGGAAAAACGACUAAGGAGUGUGGAACUCUCGAUCGGCAUGGCGUAAUUUUUUUGUCGCGGGCAUAAAGAAGUGGCCUUAGAACCGUUCUUAUAUUUUUAGCGACUUGACGAGAUCAAUUACUUGUAUUUUCUUAUUAAAAUAGAACUUUAAUCUUGUCGUGAAUAAAAUACUGCAUCUUGAAUAAUAUAUUUAAUGUAUGCGUAAUAAAUAUUUCAUUUCAUUAAAAUUAUCAAAAUCAAUGGUUUUCGUUUCCCGCUAAAAUUUCAUGUCAAUUAUUAUUCUAAUUAUCAGGAGACACAUUUUUCACGUAAACAGAACCUUCGGCCGUAAAAUAAAAGCUCGUGAUAAAGACAUUUUUAGUUCGUUCGCGUUUCUCUCCAUUCGAACAAUUUAAUCGCGGGACCCAAAAGGAGCGCGUUGACCUACAUCGAGGGCACGGCUGAGUGCUGAAUACUCCAGUUUAUGGUGUUCACGCAGUAAUUCGUUUAACGCAGAUCAAAGUUCUGCGGCGAGUAAGUUAGCCGGCGUUAAUAAAUAGUUUAGCACCGAACUGCGAGUGGGCGGCAGUAAAUUGGGAAAGUCAGAGGGAAAGAGAGAGAUAGAGGGAAAGGGCGAAAUAAUAGCCAUCGAUAACUUUCGCGCCACUCCUAUUGUUCGAUAAUGCUCGCAUAUAUUUUCAAAAAGCUUUUCCCGAGAAGAAAAAACCCAAAACAUACCAUUUACUGUAAAAAAAAUCUGUAGCAUGCAAAAGUUCCAAAUACAAGUUUACAAUUAAUUAAUUCUAUUCUUAAAAAAAAAAUAGAUUUAAUAUCGUACAUGAGAAAUAUAUUAGCGACUUUAAGGUGCACUCUGCUAUCAUCUUUUAAUUGCACGUAAUUCUGAAGCAUCUCACAUGAUCGCGCCGUAUAAUUCUGUUUACAGGCCUCCCCUAACAAUUUCGCUGUGUCUCCGCAAUGCGUAACAUUGCGCGAUCACGUGGUGUAAAUCCUAAGGCCAUUUCGGGCCACAAAAGGCUUUAAGCAAAUUUGCCAGUUAAUGGACAUAAAAUUUACUUUCGACCCUCGCCUGUGCCGUAGAACGCUCGAUUAACAUAACGAUUAUUAUAACGAACUUUCAAUACACCUGUCGUAAUAUCCUCGUUUUCGUACUUCGUUACCCGCCUCUUCGCUAUGCUGCAGCAUCGAGUAUUGUGUUGCAAUUACCGAUUCGGGUAACUUGGGCCUCGAAGAAAAAGCUACUGAACGAUAAUUUUGAUGAAAAUAACGUGCAAUUUUCCUUCCACGUAUCUUUUCGUCGAUAUAAGUAUUCAAUUACAAUUAAAGCAACCACUAAAGGUAUUAUCCGUCACGGUUUUCGGUAGCAAAAUUACGACCGCUCGUAAACAGUCGGGGAAAAUAAAA